AUGGUCGCCUGCGUCGGCAAGGAGUAUGUGCCCUUCCCCGAGCCUCUCAAGCUGGAGGGCAAGGUGGAGGUUUACCUCGACCGGUGCAUCGACGCGUUCCGCAGCGCCCUCAAGUUCUUUGCCAAGGAUCUGAUCGCCAAGUACUUCGGCGACGGUUGCGACGCUGACGGGGAGAAGCGUGGCAAGUUCAUCGCCGACAGCCAGGCGGCUCAGUGCGCACUGUUGGUGCAGUUGAUCACCUGGGUGAAGCUUGUGGAGGACGGGUUCCAGGCCGUGGCCGAGGGUGACGCCAACGGUGUCAAGGACGCGUGGGACAAACAGGCGGCGCUAUUGCUCAAGCUAGUCGAACUCACGAUGACGAAUCUAGACAAGCCGACGCGCCAGAAGGUAAUGUGUGCGAUCACUCUUGACGCGCACAACCGAGACGUCCAGGCGAAGCUCUACAAGGAGCAGGUCGUCAGCAAGGACGCAUUUCAGUGGCAGAGCAUGCUGAAGUGCUACUGGAGAGAGGAGCUCGACGAUGCAAACAUGGAGAUCUGCGACGCCAAGCUGCCCUACGGGUACGAAUACCUUGGCAAUGGACCUCGCCUGGUUGUGACCCCGUUGACCGACCGUAUCUACGUCACUGCCACCCAGGCCCUCCACCUCUGCAUGGGCUGCGCUCCCGCAGGCCCCGCUGGCACCGGUAAAACAGAGAGCACGAAGGACUUGGCAAACGGUGUGGCCAAGGCUUGCUACGUCAUCAAUGCAGCACCCGAGAUGGACUAUGUCUCGAUCGGCAACAUCUUCAAAGGGCUCAGCGCCAGUGGAUCCUGGGGGUGCUUCGACGAGUUUAAUCGCCUCGUGCCCGAGGUCCUCUCCGUGUGCACUGUCCAGUUCAAGUCUGUGUGCGAUGCGAUAAAAUCGAAGUCGAAGCGUUUUGUGUUGCAGGGGGACGAGAUCAACCUCGACCCGGCUGUGGGCUGCUUCAUCACCAUGAACCCGGGCUACCUAGGCCGCUCCGAGCUUCCAGAGGGCCUGAAGGCGCUCUUCCGGCCCAUCACAGUCAUGGUUCCAGACUUUCAGCUUAUCAUCGAGAACAUGUUCAUGGGAGAGGGCUUCACCGAAGCGCCGGCGCUCGGUCUCAAGUUCGCAACCCUGUAUUCGUUGAACAAGGACCUCUUGUCGCAGUCGAAAAAAUACGAUUGGGGCAUGCGCGCCAUCAAGAGCGUGCUGGUCGUGGCGGGCUCCUUCAAGCGAGCAGACCCCUCGCUCUCGGAGCAGGCAGUGCUGAUGCGGUCUUUGCGGGAUACCAAUGUUGCCAAGAUUGAAGGAGACGAUCUGAAAGUGUUUAUGGGUUUGUUGCUCGAUCUAUUUCCUGGAAUCGACGUUCCGCGUGCACGUGAUUCCGAUAUGGAAAAAACGUUGAUCGAAGUGAUGGAGGGUCCCGACUUCGGGUACACGCACGACCCUGAGGAGUAUUUGCUACUGAAGAUUACACAGCUGAUCGAACUUUUGGGAAUUCGCCAUUGUGUAUUCCUGAUGGGCAAUCCAGGCAGCUUCAAGUCGGCGAUGUGGAGGAUCCUCAAGCAGGCGAAGACAAAGCGCGGUGAGAAGACGACCACCGUAGAUUUCAGUCCAAAGGCCAUCAGCACCAACGAGCUGUACGGCUUCGUCAAUAUGGCUACUCGUGAAUGGAAGGACGGUAUCAUCUCGAAGGUGAUGCGCGAGCUGGGACAGAUACCAGACACGCACCCGAAGUGGAUUUUGCUCGACGGAGACCUAGACGCCAAUUGGAUCGAGUCGAUGAACAGCGUCAUGGACGACAACAGGCUGCUCACGCUGCCUUCCAACGAGCGUAUCCCGCUGAAGCAGCACAUGAAGAUGAUAUUCGAGAUCCGCGACCUCAACUACGCGACACCUGCAACUGCCACGCGGGCCGGCAUCGUGUGCAUGAGCGACGUCGAGGGUGUACAGUGGCGGUCUUACGUUACGAGCUGGAUCAAAAAGCAGGAGUACCCCGACCAGAUCAAGGAGGCGAUCCAGAAGCUGUUCGACAAGUACGGGAAGGACACGCUGCUGUGGAUUUUGAAAAACACCAAGAUACAGGUUCCCAUGGUCGACAUCAAUAUGAUUUCUGCCUGCUGCAGCUUCCUGCAAAAUCUUAUCACGCCCGACAAGUUCGAGGUGCUCGAGUAUUGGUUUAUUUUCUGCUUCACCUCCGCCGUUGGGUUUUGCUUGUCUGAAGUGGACGGCGUAGAUUAUAGGAAGGCCUUCAGCAAUUGGUGGAAAGGCGAAAUGAAGACAAUCAAGUACCCGUCCAAGGGCACCAUUUUCGAAUAUUUCGUGAAGGAUUCGAAGCUCGAAGAAUGGAUUACUGCCGUGGAAGAGAUCGAGUACAGCAGCGAGACGCCCAUGGGCGAGGUCACAGUACCUACCAGCGAGACGGUGGCCAUGACCUAUUUGAUGAAGGCGCUUAUCAACACGCAUCACCCAAUCAUGCUCAUCGGUCUCGCUGGCUGCGGAAAGACCCAGUCCUGCCUUGGACUUCUAAGGACCCUGCCGCCGACAGAGUUUACCUUCUACGCCAUGAACAUGAGCUACUACACGGACUCCACGUUGCUGCAGACACUGAUGGAAAAUCCGCUGGAAAAGAAGGCUGGAAAGCUCUACGCCCCUCCUGGUAAGCUCAACAUGGUUUAUUUUGUCGACGAUCUCAACAUGCCUGCUCUGGACAAAUACAACACGCAGAGCGCAAUCGAGCUGAUGAAGGAGAAGCAGGACUAUGCUCACUGGUGGGACCGAGCCAAGAUCCAGGUAAAGGACAUCGGCAAUACGCAGUACAUGUGCUGCAUGAACCCGACCGCCGGCUCGUUUAUCGUCAACCCCCGACUCCAGCGGCACUUCUGGACCUGCGCGGUGUCCUUCCCGGAGCAGGCCGCCCUCCGAACCAUCUACUCGACUUUCAUGAAGGGCCACUUCGAGCGUCUCCCUUUCAAGUCGUCGGUCUCCGAUUGCCUAUCGAACAUCAUCGUGGCGGCGCUGCAGUUGCACGCCAACGUGGUGGCUUCCUUCCGGAAGACGGCCGCCAACUUCCACUACGAGUUCAACAUCCGGCACAUGAGCGGUGUCUUCAACGGCCUCCUCGCGGCCAAGCCGUCAGAGUUCGACAAGGACGAGAAGCUGACCAAGCUGUGGCUGCACGAGAGUGAGCGUGUCUACGGCGACCGGCUGGUGUCCGUGUCGGACCUCAAGAAGUACCGCGCGCUCGCCGCAGACCUCUCCAAGCGCAUGUUCGGAAAGUUCAAUUUCGCGAAGUACUUCCAGGAUAAGAACCCCGAUCCUUUGGUCUUCGCGCCCUUCUCCAAGGGCAUCAGCGAGAUGGACGGGGGUGGCACCUACGAUCAGAUAAACGGCUUCGACAAGCUGAGCGAGCUGCUCAUGACCGCCCUCGGCGAGUACAACGAGAACAACGCGGCCAUGGACCUCGUGCUGUUCGGCGACGCGCUGUGCCACGUGAGCAAGAUUUGCCGGAUCAUCAUGAGCACGCCUGGGCACCCGCUGCUCGUCGGGGUCGGAGGCAGUGGCCGCCAGAGCCUCUCGCGGCUCUCUGCUUACACGUGCCAGUACAUAACGAUGAUGAUCGUCAUCAGCGGCAACUACGGCAUCAACGACCUGAAGACUGACCUCCAGGCAAUGUACAACAAGGCUGGCGUGAAGGACGAGGGUGUGAUGUUUUUGUUCACCGACGGGCAGAUCACCAAUGAGAAGUUCCUUGUCUUCAUCAACGACCUGCUAGCCUCAGGCGACAUUGCCGACCUGUACGCAAGCGACGAGAAGGAUGCUAUCCGCAACUCGGUGCGCAGCGGCUGCAAGGCUGCUGGCAUCACGGACACGCCAGAAAACCUCUGGAUGUUCUUCAUCGGGAGAAUCCGCAAGAACCUCCACAUGUCGCUCUGCUUCAGCCCCGUGGGGGACGACAUGCGCAACAGAGCGCGAAAGUUCCCCGCGCUGGUGAACUGCACCGUCAUCGACUGGUUCCAGCCGUGGCCGAUGGACGCGCUGUUUAACGUGGGCCAGAAGAUCCUGGCCCCGAUCGAGCAGCUUGGACCGGACGACAGCCCAGUGAGGGCGGGGAUUGUAGAGUUCUUGCCGUUCAGCUUCGAGUGCUCCGACAAGGAGGCGGCGGUCUUCAUGGAGAACGAGAGGCGGUUCGCCUACACGACGCCGAAGAGCUUCCUUGAGCUCAUCAAGCUGUACACCACCAUGGUGGGACGGAAGGUGGACGCCCUGGAGGAUCAGAAGGACCGCCUGACCAACGGCCUGGAGAAGCUGCGGAAGACGCAGUCAGACGUAGCGGGUCUGGAGGAGGAGCUGAAGGUGAAGGCUGUCGUGGUGGCGGAGAAGGCCCAGGCAGCCGACAUAUUCGCCGAGGAGGUGGGCAGAGAGAAGGCUAACGUGCAGGCCGAGUCCGAGAAGGCCGGCGUGGAGGAGAGAGACUGCGCCAAGAUCGCCAAGGACGUGUCCCAGCAGCAGGCCUCUUGCGAGGAGGACCUGGCCAAGGCAGUUCCGCUCGUCAAGGAGGCCGAGGCAGCCCUCGACAUCCUCGACAAGAAGGAGUUCCAGGUCCUGAAGACCUUCACGGCGCCCCCCGGAGGCGUCGGGGAGGUGUGCGAAGCUGCGAUGCAUUUGCAGGCUGGCAUCGACCCGAACAUCGACGUCGACAAGAAGGGCGUCGUGAAGGAUGCAUCCUGGAAGGCGGCGGUGAAGAUGAUGGGCAACCCAGAGAAGUUCCUUCAGAACCUGAAGGAGUAUAAAUUCCAGAUCGACGAGGGCAAGGUUCCUCAGGCCAACAUCGAGAAGGCGAGGAAGAUCCAGAUUGCCCUCGGCGACCAGUUUACCUAUGAUGCGAUGAUGAAGAAGUCGAGUGCAGCGGCAGGCCUGUGCGCAUUCAUUAUUAACAUCAUCAUGUACUACGACGUGGUGAUCCAAGUGGAACCAAAACGCCAGGCUCUGCGCGAGGCUACCGAGACGCUGAACACAGCCAACACGAGGCUCGCCGAGGUCAAGGCCCUCGUGGCCGAGCUGGAGGCAAAGUUAGCCAAGCUGAUGGCCGAGUUCGACAAGGCCAUGUCCGAGAAGAACGCGGUGAUGGCCGAGGCCCAGAAGUGCCAGACCAAGCUCGACAUGGCGCAGCGCCUUGUGGGCGCCCUCAGCGCCAACGGGGUCAUCUGGGAGCAGACUGUCGACCGCACGGCUGAGGAGCUCGUGUUCAUUCCUGGCGACACGUUGGUUGCAUGCUCCUUCGCAUCCUACGUCGGCGUGUUUACGCGCUUCUACCGAGAGUCUUGCAUCCAAAAGUACGUUGACUUCCUGCGCUCGAAGAGUGUGCCCCUGGGCCCGAAGCCGGACCCUCUCAGCAUCCUGGCGACGGACGCGCAAAUGGCUGGCUGGGGCUCGCAGGGCCUCCCUUCCGACCGCGUGUCCUGCGAGAACGGUGCCAUCGUCACGAACUCGCAGCGGUGGUGCCUCAUGAUCGAUCCGCAGCUGCAAGGCAUCGUGUGGAUCAAGAAGAAGGAGGAGGACAACCAGUUGCAGAUCACCCGCAUGGGCCACUCGAAGAUGCUCAACACAUUCGAGGUUGCCCUCGACCAGGGCAAGUCCGUUCUCAUCGAAAACAUGGGGCAGACGAUCGAUGCAGUACUGAUGCCCAUUGUGUCCCGGAACACCAUCAAGCGUGGAAACAAGAAGGUCGUGAAGCUUGGCGACAAGGAGAUCAUUUUGAAGGACCAGUUCAAACUCUUCAUGCAGACGAAGCUGUCGAAUCCGCACUACCCGCCAGAGGUCCAGGCGGAGACCACGGUCAUCAACUUCACCGUCACCGAUGAUGGCUUGGAGGACCAGCUCUUGUUCUUGGUCGUCAAGCUGGAGCGGCCUGAUCUGGCCAAGAAGAAGACCGCGCUGAUCCAGCAGCAGAACGAAUUCAAGGUCGCGCUUGCCACCCUCGAGGCGCUGCUGCUCGACAAGCUCGCCAAAGCCGAGGGUGACAUAUUGGACGACACGGAACUCAUCCUCAGUUUGGAGGAGGCAAAGAAUACUUCGGACGAGGUCAAGGAGAAGGUCGUCAUCGCGGUGGAGACCGAGGCCAAGAUCAACGAGACCUCCGAGUUCUACCGUCCAACUGGCAUCCGGGGCUCCCUUCUGUUCUUCUUGCUUUGCGACCUGUGCAAGAUGCAUACAUUCUACAAGUACUCACUUGAUUCCUUCGUGAUGGUGGUAACGCGCGCGGUGAACAGUAUUACCUUGCGUAAGCCGAAAGUGACAGAGCCUCCAAAAGAGGAGAAGGAGAAAGGCGAGAACGACGAGGAAGAGGGAGCUGAUGAGGAGGAGGUGGAGGAGGAUGAAGAGGAAGAACAAGAGAAAGGCGAAGACGAAGAGGACGAAGAGGAGGAGAUCAUCGACCUUUCGGGGAAGGAGCUGAAGGAUCGGGUGCAACUGCUGGAGCGCACCAUCACCUACGCUGUCUUCGCCUUCACACGACGAGGCCUUCUUGACGUGGACAAGCUCAUCGUCUCCACGAUGAUGGCGAUGAGGAUCCUGGUGAGGGGGAAGAAGAUCACCCCAGAAGAGUCGGCCAUGCUCAUCCGCGCGCCGCCCGAUCCCAACGCGGGGGUCCUGCCGGACAACGCGAAGACCUGGCUGACGGAGACGCAGUGGGCGCAGCUGAAGUCGCUCGAGGGCAUGGAGGCCUUCAAGAAGGGGGGCAAGCUCACGGAGUCGCUGGAGCAGGACUCCCUGGGCUGGAAGCGCUGGUUCGGCGAGGAGCGCCCCGAGACCGCCGACCUCCCCCGCAGCGCCCGCGACCUCUCGCACUUCCACCGGCUCUUCCUCCUGCGGGUGCUGCGCCAGGACAGGAUCGCGGAGGCACUGAAGCAGUUCAUCAUCGACAAUCUGGGGCAGGACUACAUCGAGCAGGCCCCGUUCGACAUGGAGUCCGCGCUGGAGGAGUCCACUUGCAUCACGCCGUUCUUCUUCGUGCUGUUCCCUGGCGUCGACCCCACGCCCACCAUCGAACAGGUCGGCAAGAAGCUGGGCAAGACAGAGGCCAACGGCAUGCUCGUCAACAUCUCCAUGGGGCAGGGACAGGAGCAGAUCGCCUUGAACGCCUUGACCAAGGCCGCCAAAGAGGGCGGCUGGAUCAUGCUGCAGAACAUCCACCUCAUGCAGGCGUGGCUGAAGCAGCUGGAGCGCGCGCUGGAGGUAAUCGAAGAGUUCUCGCAUGAGUCGUUCCGCUGCUUCCUGACUUCGGAGCCGCCGUCAGCAUUGCAGGGCCGUCUAUGGGAGUUGAUCCCCGAACCGAUCCUGCAGCGAUGCAUCAAGGUUGCCGACGAGGCGCCGUCAGACCUGAAGUCUAACCUGCGCAGGGCCUACUCGAAGUUCAGCCAGGAGAACAUCGACGCGUGCCUGAAGCCCAAGGAGUUCAAGGCCACGCUGUUCGCCCUGUGCUUCUUCCACUCGCUUAUCUCUGGCCGCAUCAAGUUCGGGGCACAAGGCUGGUCCAAGAAGUAUCCGUUCAACGACGGUGACCUCACGAUCUGUGGCCAGGUGCUCAAGAAUUACCUGAACAAUUCCGAGCAUCUCGACACGGACGUGCCGUGGCCAGAUCUGCGCUACAUCUUCGGCGAGAUCAUGUACGGAGGCCACAUUACUGACCCCUGGGACCGCCGUGUCAACAAUACAUACCUGCAUGUCCUGGUCACUCCAGAGUUGCUGGCGGGCGUCAACCUGUGUCCGAAUUUUAAGUCUCCGGAUGCAGCGAAGCUGGAGUACCAGCAGUACGCCAAGUACAUCGAGGAGCGGUUCCCGCCAGAGGUACCCAUGAUGUAUUGGCUGCAUCCGAAUGCAGAGAUCGGCUUCCUGACCAACCAGGGCAUCGGCAUCUUCGAAACCAUAGCGGGGAUUACAGGAGGCGGCGGAGGCGGGGCUGGCACAGACAUUACCGAAGCGGGGCCAAUCAUCACUAGCUACAUGACCCAGUUGCCUGGCAACCUGGAUAUGAUCGAUAUCCGAAGCAGGCUUAAGCCCGAGGACUUCACGCCCUUUGUCAUCGUGUCUCUCCAGGAGGCAGACCGCAUGAACGUGCUGCUGAGCCACAUGCGUUUCUCGAUGAUCGAUCUUGAGAAGGGUAUCGGCGGGCUGCAAAACAUCACAGAGCAUAUGGAGGCCCUGGCUGCUGACCUGCAAGCGAACAAGGUGAACGCGCUCUGGGCGGAGAGGGCAUAUCCUUCGCUGAAGUCGCUGUCCGCGUGGUUCGUCGAUUUGCUCGACCGUAACGUCCAGAUAGUGGAGUGGACCUCCAAGCUCACCUUGCUCAAGUCGAUCUGGCUGAGCGGCCUCUUUAACUCCAUGUCGUUCCUCACCUCGAACAUGCAGGUGGCCGCGCGCGCCAACAGCUUGCCCCUGGACUACAUGCGGAACCGCUGCCGCUUCUACAACACGCGCGACCUAGCCGACAUUGCGGGCGUCCCUGCGCAGGGCGUGCACGUCCACGGCCUGUUCAUGGAGGGGGCUGGCUGGGAGGACGGCAAGGGGGAAGACGAGGGGUACAUCACGGAGAGCAAGAUGAAGGAGCUGCACCCGUUGAUGCCAAUCUGCAACGUCUUUGCGGUGCACAUCGACGAGAUGAGCUGGGACGCGAUGUACCACUGCCCGGUGUUCUCCACCUCGCUGCGCGGGGCCACCUUCAUCUUUCAGGCGAACGUCCGCAUGGACCCAGACGACUCUGAGACCCGCUGGAUCCUGGCGGGCGCGGCGCUGCUCACCCAGGACGACUGAGCAGGCCCUUGGAUGUCAGGGGUCCUGGGCUCGAGCAGCCUCGCCCUCAGGUCCCGCCGGCACCGUAGGGCGCGGCGCUUCUUCGGGACGGCUUGCGCCUCCGCACUCACGGUGCAGCAUGCUCGAGCAGAAGAAUAGAAGGGGGAAAGGAAGGGCAGGGUCAAGCCCUUUUUCAAGCAUUUUUUGCUCUGGCCAGGGCGUCUCGUCUGGCCCGAGUUGUACCAUGCUGAGGCUGCCGUGGAUGGCAGAGGAGGGCAGGAGCUGCAGGUUCUUAGGGAGAGCUCUGCGACUUGAGCGCAAUUUUCGCAUCCUGGUCCAUCGUCGGCGUCACAUCUCCACCUCCGUCCUGGUCUUGGCUCUGCAAUUGGAGCCCUCAGGCAGUGCCUUUUUUGCCUGCCGCAGCGGCCGCCGUCGCAACCAGUGGACAUGCGCGGAGUCAGCCAUCCCGGACGUCUUCGUCGCGCAAGUUUUGCGCGAUAGGGGCGUGACUCGUGGCGGAUUCUCUGGCGCGCUACGGCAUUCGGGGGCCUCUCUUUGAUAUGCCAAAGAGGCAGACAAGGAGCUCACCGUCGAAGCAGUGGGGAUUGCAUGCGUGGCGCUUCGCUGCAAAAGAGAAGCGGGAGCUUCGACUGGCGGGCGGCGAC